GUGAAAAUGUGUUGUUCUUUCCGAAAGCAGGGGUGCAUUCGGAAUAUUCGAUUAUUUAUGCGACUUACAGCACUUUUGGCCAUAUUUCUGCCUAUCGCCGCAAUUAUCACCACUAAGGGCAUAGAAAACAGCUGAUCCGUCUAUACAAUUUUGACGGUUUAAUAAGCUUAUUCUCGGCUAAUUGCUGGAUUUCGACAGUUUCGCAAGAAUACAAAAGCCGUGUGCCGUGUGUAGCUGUGUGCAACGAUCGACAGGGCAUUGCGUAUUUCGAGCACCAAUUUCUGGCAAAAAGCAACAUGACCGAAAAGAGGCUGAAGGAGAGAAUCCAGAUGAUGUCCUCCGAGGGAGAACGCAUUAUUGUUGAUAGGAAAGUCGCCAAGCGAUUUGUUGGAGAGAGCAGGAUGGGAAAUGAAAUUGAGCAUCUUUACUUUGAGAAUGUAAGAUCUAUUGUUUUGCGGAAGCUAAUUUUGUGGUCAUACUAUCAUAGGGAUGAUCCUCAGCCCGAACUCAGCGAUACCCAAGUAAAACAAUGGUACACCCAAUUCUUCGAUGAGGAUCAGGAAAUUCUCUUGGAACUGGCUGAAAUAGCCGAUACCCUGGAAAUAAAGAGGCUUUCCCAUAUAGCACGGCAACGGCUACUAGAUGGUACAACACCUAAGAACAAUUGAAUAACUGCUCACGAGCUUCGAUUUCAAAGUUAAACAUAUGUCUAGUAGUUCCCCUUAACUGUUAAAACGAAGUCACGAAUUAAAUGGUUCUGCAGAUAAUCACAGG